GACUUUCGUUUUGACCACCAUCUUCUCUACUACCCCUCCUAUUGCUGACAAUGGCUCACAACCGUGAUUGGGAUAAGGGCAAGGACAGUUGGGGUGACUAUGGUUCUUGGGAUACCGAAGACAGGCCUGCGAGAGGUCGAGACGACGACUACUAUGGCGAGGGUAAACGUCGAAAAUAUAAUAAUGGUGGCUACGAGGCCCAGUCAUACGGUGGCCCUGGAUAUGACAGUUACAGCCAACCUCCGCACAAACAGGAUCACGCGCACGACUACACAGACGCUCGACACGGAAAAGGCUUCACGAGUAAGAAACGGCUGGUUCCUAGCGAACCCAGUGCGCACGUCAUAUUCUUGGGCUUGGACCCAGACUUUUCCGAGGCGGAUCUGCAGGCUUACCUCUCCAGUCACGGGUGCAACAUCGAGUCCGUCACCAUAAUAAGAGAUAGAUCAACAGGUUUAUCGAAGGGCUUCGGAUUUGCCCAAUUCGCAAGCGUGGAACAUGCUCGCGCUUUCGUGGACCCGUUAUUCCCGUUCGUUCAAGUGCCGCCCCCGGCAUCACACGGCGCCUCCGCAACUACCGCUUACUACAAAGCGCUUGAGAUGGGCCUACCGACUAAUGGACGCCGAGUGAAGAUUGACUAUUCACAGAGCGCACUUCCACAUGACAAGGGCCGCGGUCGACAAAACUUGAACGACGGUACUCGGGACAUCGGCAAUUCUCCAGCUGCUGUGCUACUCUUUCGUGGCCUUGACCCCUUGUCAGGCCCUCAAGCGAUAGCUCAAGCAAUGAUGGGCUCUGCGGGACUCGGCAAGGAAGGUCACAGGGGGAUGAAGAGAAUAAUCCUCAUCAAGGAUAGGGUUACCUUGGCUAGUUUUCAGUUUGCCUUUGUCGAAUUUGUCGACGUGCAGGCUGCUUCUGCGGUAUUGGCAAACACGAUGUCGUCACACAUCCAUCCGUCAGGCUUUCGCAUCUCUGAUAAACCCGUCGCUGCUUCUUUUGCACAUCCAUACUCAUUCCAACCCGUGUCAGACGUCAUGCUGCGCGAUGAAACUGCUGUUCCAUCAACAAUGAACCUCGGCGGUGUUGAUGGGACCUUCGUCAAAUAUUGGGAUGAGUCGGCGACUGUUGCAGUACUUGAUUUCAAAGUCGAGGAGCCCUCACCCGCACAAGCACAACAUUCCUCUGCUCCUGCGAAGGAGAAAAAGAAAAGGACCAGAGAUGAUGCUUCCAAAAAGCAACUACUUCCGUCCACGUUACCAGUAUCAGACAAGCCAGUGACAUUGAAUUUCAGUAAGGCAGGGAGUAGCAGUAAGCCCACACCAUCAUCAGGUCCAAAGGGUCCUGCGCCAGCUUCGCUUGGUUUCUCUGCUGAGGACUUCGCGGGUGACGAGGAAGAAGCAGAGCAAGAAUUACCUGUCGAAGAAGAUAAAGUUAUUGCAGCCAAGAAGGUUGCGCCUAUGAUUGCCAGUAAGAAGACCGUGAACAACAUACAGAAAUGGAAUCAGGUUCAAGAAGAACUCAAAGAGGGGCUAGCUCCCCAACCUUCGUCAAGCACGCCAUCACUGGGCGCAACGCCCGAACCGACGGAAGAGGAGUUUGAGUUUUCUGACACUGGAACUAUGGCUUGUCUCUUGUGUGCGAGGCAAUUUAAAAGCACUGAGCAGCUGAAGAGGCACAACAAAGAGUCUGAUCUUCACAAGAAGAAUUUCAAGGAUGCUAAUUUACGCGAGGUUGCACGUCAGAAAGCUGUUGCGGCCCGGAGAGCGUCUGCAAUGCGGUCAGAGACAGAACCACCAAAGUACCGAGAUCGGGCAUCCGAGCGUCGCAUCAUGCACAACCAGCCGGAGGUUCCACUUCCGGAAAACGGUGGCGUAGCUGCGAAAAAGAAGCGUCAUGCAGAAGGCCCACCUCCCCCGCCUUCUCCUCCAUCACCACCAACUGCUCUGAGCAAGGACGAAAGUAAUGUCGGAAAUAAGUUGUUGAAGAUGAUGGGAUGGAAGGAAGGUUCCGGAUUGGGGACAGACGGCGAUGGUCGUGUGGACCCUAUCCAAACGGCCAUAUAUGCGCAGGGAGUAGGUUUAGGCGCUAGUAAGGCGAAGGAACUUGGAAAGUAUGCGGAAGGCUAUUCGGGGUACGUGCACAUGGUACAGGAUGCGGCUCGUGAGCGAUAUGGGGCUUAGCGUGGAGUAACACGGAGCCGGUGACAAUUAUCUCGUAAACAACAUACUGUAAUGGGACAUUAACGAUCCGUUUAUUGGAUACCGUAGAGGGCUAUAUUAUCGCCUGGGUCAUUUUGUUAUUUGUCCUAUCCCUCUUCUCAGUUGAUCCAUGUUUUAAGGAGACACGGGUGUCUGUUUAGCCGGCAGUAUAAAAUGAUUGUUGCAUACUC